AUGGCCGUCGCUGCGAACAAGAAGAAGAAGAGGAAAUUCAACCCCUCCAACAAAAAGCUUCUCCUCAAUGACCGAGUCGAGGUUAGGAGUACGGAAGAGGGGUUGUUAGGAUCAUGGCAUGUUGGAACGGUGGUUGAAUGUGGCGAGCAGAUUCGUCAUAUCAGGUACGAUGAAAUUUUAGAUGAUGAUGGUUCUCAGCACAUGGUUGAAGUUGUACAUGUCAGCCCCGUUCUUGACGGGCUUGCUCCGGAGGAUUGCUCAGCAACUACUACUUGUUGUCGUGGGAAGAUUAGGCCUUUACCACCUUUCCUUGAUUUCCAUAAAUGGUCUCUGCAUUAUGGACAGUGUGUUGAUGUGUAUGUUAAUGAUGCCUGGUGGGAAGGGGUGAUUUUUGAUCAUGAGGACGGCUCUGAUGAACGAAGAAUCUUAUUUCCAGAUUUGGGAGAUGAAUUGAAAGCACAAAUCGACAUGUUGCGCAUUACUCAAGACUGGGAAGAGGUUACCGAAGAAUGGAAGCUUCGAGGCAAUUGGGCUCUUCUCGAAGUGCUGGAAGAAGUUGAGCCGCAUUGGCCUAUUCCUGUUUCAGUGAGGCAAAUCUGGUAUGAAAUACAGUUGAGUUUAGGCUUAAAAAACCUUGACUGGACCUGUUCUUCUUUGGAAAUCUGGAAAGAAUUAUUGUGGCAAGUUCUUUGCACAGCAUAUAAUUUAACUAUGAAGCAAAUGCUGGAUGAAAUAAACUCUGCUGGGGAAUUUGUUGAGGACAAACGAUUAAUGGAUUCCUUCGGGCCUGGAUUUGACUCUUUUUUUAAGGCUGAAGAAUUUUUUAGUGGCAAUAAUACUUUCGUCCCUUCUGGAACUGCCUCCUGUCUGGACAAACAUGCAAUGCUACCUGCUUAUUUAACCAGUACAGAUUCUUUCUCUUCUGAUGGAAAGAUAUUUUGUUCAGUCUCAACCAAGGGGGGUCAUGGCUCUCCGUACAGGAAUAAUCUGAUCCCUGUUCCAGAAAGGCCUGUUUUUACACGUAUGCCGUUAGCUUCUGUUCCCAAUCAAGAAAUUAAUAAUAUUGCCAUUGGUUCUGCUACAAAGGGAAAUAUGUGCUGCCAUUCUAAUUUUAGUUCAAAUAAAAAGAAGAAGAAGAAGAAGUGUAAAUUUUAUGGAAAAUCGGGGCUGAAGUGGCUUUUUGACUUGCAUACCAAGGCUGAAAAUCGCCCUGAUUCAGUUGCUCAGUAUAUCAGCACUAGGCAGCCUUCUUCAAGGGAUGGCGUGAGGAAGUAUCUUUUACACUUGGGGUGGAAAGUCCAGUAUGCCAAAGAUAGAACCAGGACUAGGCUGCGAUUUAUUUCUCCAGACGGUGAGGUCUAUUAUUCAGCUUAUCAAGUUUGCUUGGUUCUGCAACAAUCUCGAGAUCUUUCGCCAACCUACCAAGAUAACAAUGAGAGGAGGAAUGGUGAUAAUCUGGAUGAUGCAAAUUUGAUGAUCUCACCAUCCACACUCACCCAAAAACCGCAAGUAGAGAAGAUUAUUAAUCCGUCCGAGAAAGAUUUUCGACGAAGUGAAAAAGACUAUAUCCCUGCAGCUGUGGUAGAGUAUUCACAACUAAGGAAUACCACGCAAAAGUAUUGCAUUAAGAGUGGCAUAAAGUUUGAUAAUUUAGCUUCAAAGGUGAAGAAGCACCUGUCUGCUGUUGGAUGGAAAUAUUAUGGCAAAGUUGGAGCAGCAGGCAAGAAACGGAUGCGAUAUGUAUCUCCUGAAGGGAGGACAUUCCACUCUCUUAUAACAGUUUGUGAGUGUCAACAAGGAACCCGUAAGUUGCCAGAAAGGAAAAAACGAGGAUUGCUUCUAAAGCAAUGCACGGUCUUGAUUCGUUCAAGCUCUCAUAGUGACAGCUCAUUUUUACUUGAUUCUCCAUGUUCAAGCAAAAGAAGAAAGGGUGUUCAAGCUAAAAGACCUAGGGAUGACGUCAUUUCUCCUUCAAGUAACCAAACUCCUAAGACUAUCUUAUCUUGGUUGAUUGAUUGUAAGAAAGUUGAACCUGGAACAAAAGUACAUUACAGAAAUAAAAAUGGACAGAGGAAGAAAGAAGGAGAGAUAAUCCGUGAAGGAAUCAAAUGCAAAUGCUGUGAAAAAGUUUUUAGUCUCAGCAAAUUUAAAGCUCAUGCUGGCAGCACUCUUCACCGAUCUUCAGCAAAUAUAUUCUUGGAGGAUGGUAGAUCAAUUUUCGAUUGCCAAUUGCAAUUGAAGCGCGAGAGUAAAAGUAAAAACAAGAAGCUAGAAUUGCAAUCAAAACGUAAAAGUCGACAUCAGCAUAGAAGCGAUUGUAUUUGCUCUGUCUGUCACUUUGGUGGUGAACUACUUCUCUGUGAUCAAUGUCCGUCAGCUUUCCAUACAAAAUGCUUAGGCUUAAAGGAUAUUCCAGAUGGGGACUGGUUUUGCCCAUCAUGCUGUUGUGGAAUUUGUGGCCUCGGAAGAUACAAGGAAGGAAAGGGACAGUCAAUGGAUGGCAAUUCUCUUAACUGUGCUCAGUGUGAACAUCAAUGUGAUAAGGGUUUGGUUGAGGCUGACUAUCAUUCAAAAGGGAUUUGGUUUUGUAAAACAGAAUGCAAACAGAUACAUUCAGCUCUCCAGGAUCUCAUAGGAAAACCAAAUCCAUUAGGGCAUGAUAAUGAUCUGGCUUGGACAUUGCUGAAACACAGAGGAGUUGAUGAAGUUCCUGAAGACUGUGACGCUGAAGAUAGAGAUAAUCUGGUGGAAAGCUACGGAAAGCUUAAUGUUGGGCUCAGCAUCAUGCACGAGUGUUUUGAACCAUUGAAAGAGGAACAUACAGGGAGAGAUCUACUGCAUGAUGUCAUUUUCAGUGAAAGGUCAGACUUGCGCCGAUUAAACUUUCGGGGGUUUUAUACUGCAAUACUAGAAAAGAAUGAUGAAUUAAUUACUAUAGCUAAUGUGAGGGUUUAUGGAAAGAAGGUUGCCGAGGUACCACUUGUGGCUACAAGAUUCCAAUACCGUCGACUUGGAAUGUGCCGUAUUCUGAUGAAUGAGCUUGAAAAGAUACUCAUGGAGCUAGGAGUUGAGAGGCUGAUUUUACCUGCCAUCCCAGCCGUGCUGAAAACUUGGGAAACUUCAUUCGGGUUCUCUAGAAUGAACACUUCUGAGAGGUUCAACUUUCUAGAUUGCACUUUCCUUGAUUUUCAGGGAACAGUUAUGUGCCAAAAAAUCUUGGAUGCAACCGUCUCUUCUACUAAUUUUAGUCAAUCAUCAGCUCCAGAAAAGGUUAAUGAGGAGGUAUUUGGAGAAGAUCAAUUGGAGGAGACUGAAAAUAUUGAUCAACAAACUACAGAAUUACUGUUUUUAGCACUGGAAAUAACAUCAACAACAUUGUCUUUGUUUCCUCUAAGUUGUCCCCACGGAGUUAGGAGUGAUGUUGGCCAAAUCUCCACACCAGCAUCCGGCGUCAUGGUGAACCAAUCUCCCAAACGAGUAGAGGAUUUGCUCGAAUACCAAAUAUCUGAACGAGUGAACCAAAUGUCUCUUAUCGGCCUGUUACGGUGCCAGGAUGAGGCUACACAAGAGGAGGAAUGCUUAGCAUCAUCUGGAACAAGUAACAUAGUAGCGCCCAGGAAUGCCCGUAAAGACAUCUGCUACAAGAGGAGGAGAUUAGCUAGUUGCUGCAAAACAAAUAGCCAAAGCUGA